AUCAUUUUAAAGGUAUUUCAUCCAAUCCACCAUGUUCUUAAGGCUCUUGUGUCUCGUCGCCCUGUUGGGCUUCAUCCACGCCAACCCCGACCCAAAACACCACCACCACUGGCGCGGCAAACGUGGCAUUCUGGGAGCAGGCGGCUUUGGCCAGCAGGCCGGCGUCGCAGGCCAAUUCGGCAUCCGCGGUCACGAGAGCCACAGCGCCUCCGAAAAGCACUCGGAGCAGCACAGCUCGUCGAGCAGCUCCAGCUCCACCCACUCGUCCGACUUCGCCAUCGGACAGGCGGGAGCGGCCUUCGGACAAGGAGGUGCCGCCUUCGGACACGGCCUUCGUCUGGUGCGCUCGCCCUACCCGGUGCUGUAUCGCGCCAGACGCGACCUCUUGGGAGCCGGCGGCUUGGGCCAGCACUUCGGCGCCGUCGGCCAGUACGGCGUGCAAGGACACGAGAGCCACAGCGCCUCGCAGAAGCACGCGGAGCAGCACAGCUCGUCCAGCAGCUCCAGCAGCUCCCACUCGUCCGACUUCGCCUUCGGACAGGGGGCGGCGGCCUUCGGACAUGCGGGCGCAAGCUUGGGACAAGGAUUCGGACACGGACUGCGUUUGGUUCGUUCGCCUUAUCCAGUACCUAGUCGCUACUGUCCAAUUUGCCCUUAUUAGAUUUCUUGUUUCCGCAGCUGGAUUGUUUGAGUAUUAAUGCUGACAAUAUUUUUGCAAGCUAACACACAAAUAAUACUGUGUUUUUAAUUCUAAAUAAAUUCAUAUAACUAAUACAAUGUUGUUUCGAAGACAAUAAAACUAUCGUCGAAUUGAUUUUAACAAGACUUUUUAUGGAACACAUUUACAGGACUUGUCGAAUUAGAAGCCACACCUCUUGGGUGCGCAAUCGUUCCUGCGCACAUGACAUUAUAACGAAGUAAUCCUGUUUCAACAAGCCUCUAUUUUCCAUUAAUUGUAAAUACAGGAAAUCCACCCAAGGGAUUAUUUGAAUUAAUAUUGAAGGUAAAUUAAUUAUUAACAUAUUUUUUCAAAUUAAAUAAUUAUAUUAAAUAUUCAAAAGAGGUUGAUUAAAAAAAUGAAAAAAACAUACACUAAUG